UAUACUAGGUAAACAGUAAUUUGUUUUGAUAACAGUUAAAAAAUACUUAAACUGUGAGCAUACAGUUUGUGAUUUAUGUUUAAUUAAAAAAUUAUUCAUUUUUAAGUUAAACAUUAAAUGAUAUUAAUUAGUUCAUUAACUCAAAACUUGUUAAAUAAGUAAACAAUUAUGAGUCUUUAACGAUUUUAAAUUACCUCAUUAAAUUUUAAAGAUUGAACAUAAAUUGUGAACAUCAUUCAGAUAGAAAUGUUGAAGAUAUAAAAGUUCAAUUCAAUACAAGUUACUAAUUAUAUAAACCAAUUCAAUAUUUUAAUGAUGGCAUCAAAUCGUUCUGAUAGGAGAAGAGCAAGUUAUGAAUUGUCAACUUUUUUUUCUUCAAUACGUGGCAAAACUCUUAAGCCACAAGUUGACAGAGCUAACCUAUACCCAGUUGAUUUCUCUAUAUCUGACGUUUGUUUUGAAAGCAAUGAAAAUAAUUUAAAUUAUUCAGAUAGUGAUUUGUAUUUAAAUGAAGAAGAUUGCAUGCUCUCAGAGUCAGAAGAUUUUGUACAGUAUUUGCAUAGCGACUCAAGUGACAACAAGGAUUCAGAGUCCAACGAAGAUUCCAAAGAAAAAAUUUUAACUAUUGCUGAUCAUUUGCUUAUGUUUUUUUUUACUUUUAAUAUUAGUCAUCAUGCAAUGCUUUAUCUUUUAAAAUUGUUGAUAAAAUUUGGAGUGCCUGAUGUUCCGAACUCUAUUUAUUUAUUGACAAAAAAAUCACAAUUACAAAAUUUAAAUAUUGUAAAAUUAUCUAAUGGAAAUUUAUUUUAUUUUUCAAUUAUUGAAAAUCUAAAAUACUGUGUUGACAAAGGUGUUUCUAUUAUUUCAUCAACUAUAGAUUUGAUUUUCAAUGUUGACGGUUUGCCACUUUUUAAAAGCUCCGGACUGUGUGCAUGGCCAGUACUUUUGUAUAUUCCGCAGUUUAAAAGCAAGUUUCCAUUACCGGUAUCUGUUUAUUGUGGUACAGUAAAACCAGAUUUGUGCACUCUGGUAACAGAUUUGUGUGAUGAGUUAUCAUUAUUAAAGUCUCAAGGUCUUGUGUAUAAAAAUGUAAAGUUUGUUAUUAAUAGCAUAAUUUUUGUCUGUGAUGCACCUGCAAGAGCAAUGCUUCAAGGUAUAAAGUACCAUACUGCAAAUUUUGGCUGUUCAUAUUGUAGAAUCGAAGGUGAGACAAUUGAUCAUCGAACUUUAUUUCUAAAAAAUAAUUGUGAUAUGCGCAAUGAUUUUAAUUAUCUUGAUAUGAAAGAAAAUAAUCAAGUUAUUUUAUCACCAUUAGCUUUCAUAACAGGUAUUGGUUUACAUUCUUCUUUUCCUCCAGAAUAUCUAUCAGAAUUAAUCCAGAAUAUCAUCUGGAUUAAUUAAUCAGAAUAUAUUCUCCAGAAUAAAUAUCAGAAUAUCAUCUGGUGUGCCUUGGGGUUUGUAAAAAAUUAUGUUUUUUUUAUUUUACAUCAGUUCCUCAGUAUCCACGUCUUCCUUGCAAAUUAAGUUUAAACCAAAUGUCACAAGUAUCGGAAAUUAUGAAGAACUUAUCUAAAUUUAUUCCUAUUGAAUUUCAUCGUAAAAUCAUACCUUUAUCAGAACUGUGCCAUUACAAAGCUACAGAGUAUCGGUUUUUUUUGUUAUAUUUAAGGCCAUUUUUGUUAAAAAAGAUUUUGCUGCCAGAUUUUUAUGAACAUUUUUUAUUGUUACAUUAUGCAACGUAUUGUCUUUGUUCCAACAGUUUUAAUGAUUAUAUAGAUUGUGCUAAAGGGUGUAUCAGUCACUUUGUUUCAAAAUGUCCAGAAUUGUUUACACCAAAGUGUAUGUCAUAUAAUUUUCAUGUUUUGUUACAUUUACCGUAUUUUGUUAACUUAUAUCAACAACCUCUUGACUACUUUUCUACAUUUCGUUUUGAAAAUUAUUUAUCGAUUUUAAAACGUAAAACUAAAGCUACGUCUAGUAUAUUUCCUCAUCUUUUAAGUAAUAUGAGAAAUAUACGCGAUUAAUCUAUAACUGAGAGAGUCAUGCCUCUUAUUUUUAAUUGUAAACCGCCAGAUAAUUGUUGUAUUACACCACAAGGAAUUAUUUUGAUUACAAAUGUUUUGAGUGAACCAGUUAUUUUAGUUUCUGGUUAUAUUUUAAAGCUGCAUAAAAAUUUGUAUACAAUCGGACCUUAUGAAUCUUCUUCACUUGGUAUUGGUAUUUAUUCAAAAUCUACAACAUAUAAAUAAUUUAGCUCCGGUAAAUAAGUGUAUUUGUUAUCCGUAUAAGCAAAGAUUUAUUGUUAUUUCAUAUUGUAAUUCAAACUAUAUGUCUUAAUACGUAAUGUUUAUGAUAUGGUAUCUUUUUGAAUAUGUAUUUUCCUGUAUUUAUUAUUUAUUAAUAAAAAGAAAAAGUUUUUUAUCUUUCUGUA